AUGAACAAAGUGUAUUUGUUGGCUUUUGUUACCUUAAUUGGUUUGUCAGCUUUUGCUUUCACUUAGCUUAAAAAUGAACAUGCUUUAAGAGCUAACUUGACAGCAGGCGCUGCUGACUUUUGCCCUAAACCUUAAUACAGAUCUGAUAGCUGGAUGAACACUUUCCUAACUGGGCUUUAAAGUCAAAAAUAUGAUAACACCAUGCUUUAAUUCCUCUAAGAUUAAAUUCCUACUGAUUCUCAUGUUUUUUCAACUGAGUAAAUUCUUUCUAUCUUCAGUUAAAUCUCAUUUGAUAGCUCUCGUAUUUAAGCCUUAACUCUUUUGAAUCCUUACAUUAUCACUUUGACCCCUCAAAAUAUUGUUGAUAUUUUGGCCAAAUAUCCUUUCGAAAGUUCAAAGCUCACAGCUUUAAAUCUUAUUGCUAACACUCUUAGCGACGUUAGUGAUGCCUCUAAGAAACUUAUUGUUGAUUGCUUCUCUUUCAGUUCUAAUAAGAGUGAUGCUAUGAACAUUUUGAAUGCUAUUUCCCCCAGAAACUGCAUUUAUGGUACUAUUACUGAAAAGGUUGCUGCUUUUGUUAUUGAUAUUUCUGGAUCUAUGGACUACACAUUCAAGGCCAACGGAGAAACUAUCUCUCGUUUAGCUUUCGUCAAGUCCUAACUUACCAAAACAAUUGCUGAUUAAUUGAAGCCCUUCUAGAAGUUCAACAUUAUCAUUUUCGGUAACAGUGCUUCAUAAUGGAAAACUGAUUAUGUUGAUGCUACCCCUGAAAACGUCCAAGCUGCUAUUGCUUACAUCAACAAAUUAACCACCAACGGUGCUACCAAUAUUUCUUCUGGUUUAGACUUGGCUUUCAAUACCAAGUAAGCCUUAAAAGCUAUUUACCUUCUUUCUGAUGGUGUUCCUAAUAGCGGUGUCUAAACUGUUGAUGGAAUCAAAAAGUACUUAGCUGACAAGAAUGCCAGCAGAACUGAUAAGGUUGUAGUCAACACUAUUUCCUUCAUCAUGGGUGGCGUCGAAAAGUAAAACGAAAGAGACCUUUCUUUCUAAUUCUUAAAUGCUAUUGCUGAUGCUACUAAUGGCUCUUUCAAGGGAAUCUCUGGUUGA